AUGGCUGUAUCAACGUCCGCAGUUGCUGACUCGGAGACCAUUUCGGUCCUGUUUGCACUGCAUGAAAACUUUGACCUGCUGGACUUUGCCGGUCCCCUCGAGGCGUUCCACUGGGGCCUGUCGGACAUCAAGGACAAAUCAUCCAGAGCCUUUGACAUUACCAUUGCCGGGGCCGACCCCAAGGUGCUCUCGAACCAGGGCGCCAUCAUCGGAUCGCAGAUCCCCUUCAAAGAGGCCCACGAGCGCCUUGAAGAAUUCGACGUGCUCGUCGUUGUGGGCGGCAAUGUAGAUGCCAUCCUCAAGGCCAAGGCGGAGCCGAUGCCCAUCAUCCACGCCUUCUCCGAGCUUCAGCAGAAGGACUGUCAUCGCGAGCGGACGCUGCUGUCCAUCUGCAGCGGCUCCCUCUUUUUGGCUGAGCUGGGCAUCCUCAUCGGACUGUCGGCCACCACACACCCCGAUCACAUGACUGCCUUUGAGAAUCUGUGCAGCCACUCGGCCGUCCGCGACCUGGACGAGCGCACAGACGUCGUUGAGGAUGCUCGCUACGUCGUGAACAACUUGCGUUUCGACCUCGGCAACGAGGACGAGAACCCAUACAUCCGCCGCAAGUCGGACGGUCGCCGCCCUUCAACUGCUAGAAAGGGCAGCAUUUCCCUCAAGGGAUCGAACUCGCGUCGCGAGUCUAUCGCACGUCGUGCUGCCAUGCGCCUUGGCGGCCUUCGUGUCAUCACAACGGGUGGCAUCAGUGCGGGCAUAGACGCCACCCUGUAUCUGGUUGGCGCACUGGUCUCUGAGGAGGCUGCCGUGGAGGCGGCCAGAAUCAUGCAAUGGACCUGGAACAAGGGCGUCGUUGUCGACGGGCUGGACGUGUAA